AGUGUGAAAUGGCAAAGUGCUGCUGCAGACCAAUGUGCUGUUUAACCAUUGUUUCCUCUUCAGAGGACACCGUGCAAUAAGGCUGGAGAUGCAAAAAUAGAACUUACAAGAUGUGGUUUACAUAGUUGUGGAGACUUCUCUUUAGAACACCCAUCCCACUGCAGUGGGAAGAGAUUAGUGGUGUUGACGAGCACUACACCCCAAUCAGAACUUACCAAGUGUGCAAUGUCAUGGACCACAGCCAGAACAACUGGCUGCGGACAAACUGGAUCCCGCGCAACUCGGCUCAGAAGAUCUACGUGGAGCUCAAGUUCACCCUGAGGGACUGCAACAGCAUCCCCCUGGUGCUGGGCACCUGCAAGGAGACCUUCAACCUCUAUUACAUGGAGUCUGACGACGACCACUCGGUCAAGUUCAAGGAGAGCCAGUUCGUGAAGAUCGACACCAUCGCGGCCGACGAGAGCUUCACGCAGAUGGACCUGGGCGACCGCAUCCUGAAGCUGAACACGGAGAUCCGUGAGGUGGGGCCCAUCAGCAGGAAAGGCUUCUACCUGGCCUUCCAGGACGUGGGCGCCUGCGUCGCCUUGGUGUCGGUGCGGGUGUACUUCAAGAAGUGCCCUUUCACCGUCAAGAACCUGGCCAUGUUCCCCGACACGGUGCCCAUGGACUCCCAGUCGCUGGUGGAGGUGCGGGGCUCCUGUGUCAACCACUCCAAGGAGGAGGAGCCCCCCAAGAUGUACUGCAGCACGGAGGGGGAGUGGCUGGUGCCCAUCGGGAAGUGCUUGUGCAACGCUGGCUACGAAGAGAGAGGCUUUGCUUGCCAAGCCUGUCGAGCUGGGUUCUACAAAGCCUCUGCUGGCAAUGUGAAGUGUGCCAAAUGUCCCCCCCACAGCUCCACCUACGAAGAUGCAUCUCUGAACUGCAGGUGUGAAAAGAAUUACUUUCGCUCUGAGAAAGACCCUCCAUCCAUGGCUUGCACCAGACCGCCCUCUGCCCCGCGGAACGUGAUCUCCAACAUCAACGAGACCUCGGUCAUCCUGGACUGGAGCUGGCCUCUGGACACGGGGGGCAGGAAGGAUGUCACCUUCAACAUCGUCUGCAGGAAAUGCGGCGGUGGCGGCGGCGGCGGGGCGUGCGAGCCCUGCAGCGGCGACGUGCGGUUCCUGCCGCGGCAGAGCGGGCUCACCAACACCACGGUGACCGUGGUGGACCUGCUGGCACACACCAACUACACCUUCGAGAUCGACGCCCUCAACGGCGUCUCGCACCUCAGCACGCUGCCCAGGCAGUUUGCUGCCGUCAGCAUCACCACCAACCAGGCGGCUCCGUCCCCCAUCACGGUCAUAAGGAAGGACAGGACGUCCAGGAACAGCGUGUCCCUCUCCUGGCAGGAGCCUGAGCAUCCCAACGGGAUCAUCCUGGACUACGAGGUCAAAUACUAUGAAAAGCAGGAACAAGAGACAAGCUAUACUAUUCUGAGAGCCCGAGGCACCAACGUGACCAUCAGUGGCCUCAAGCCUGACACCACCUACGUGUUCCAGAUCCGAGCCCGGACUGCAGCUGGAUACGGGACCAGCAGCCGCAAGUUCGAGUUUGAGACCAGCCCAGACUCGUUCUCCAUCUCCAGUGAGAACAGCCAGGUGGUGAUGAUUGCCAUUUCAGCAGCAGUGGCCAUCAUUCUCCUCACAGUGGUGGUGUAUGUCUUGAUUGGGAGAUUCUGUGGAUACAAGAAGUCUAAACAUGGCACUGAUGAGAAAAGGCUGCAUUUUGGGAAUGGCCAUUUAAAGCUCCCAGGUCUGAGAACGUACGUAGAUCCACACACGUAUGAGGAUCCCAACCAAGCUGUGCAUGAAUUUGCCAAGGAACUGGAUGCUUCCAAUAUAUCCAUUGAUAAAGUAGUUGGAGCAGGAGAGUUUGGAGAAGUGUGCAGUGGACGCCUGAAGCUGCCUUCUAAAAAGGAAAUUUCAGUGGCCAUCAAAACCCUGAAAGUUGGCUACACAGAAAAGCAGAGGAGAGACUUCCUGGGAGAAGCCAGCAUCAUGGGCCAGUUUGACCACCCCAACAUCAUCAGACUGGAGGGAGUUGUCACUAAAAGUAAACCAGUUAUGAUUGUUACUGAAUAUAUGGAAAAUGGUUCCUUGGACAGCUUCCUACGAAAGCAUGAUGCCCAGUUCACAGUCAUCCAGCUGGUGGGCAUGCUCCGAGGGAUCGCAUCUGGCAUGAAGUACCUGUCGGAUAUGGGAUACGUCCACCGGGAUUUAGCUGCUCGGAACAUCCUCAUCAACAGCAACCUCGUGUGCAAAGUCUCCGAUUUUGGUCUCUCUCGUGUGCUGGAGGAUGACCCAGAAGCUGCUUACACCACAAGGGGGGGCAAGAUUCCCAUCCGAUGGACGUCUCCAGAAGCCAUUGCCUAUCGGAAGUUCACGUCAGCCAGUGACGCCUGGAGCUACGGGAUUGUCCUCUGGGAGGUGAUGUCCUAUGGGGAGAGACCCUACUGGGAGAUGUCCAACCAGGAUGUGAUUAAGGCUGUGGAUGAAGGGUACCGCUUGCCACCUCCCAUGGACUGCCCAGCUGCCUUGUAUCAGCUGAUGCUGGACUGCUGGCAGAAAGACAGAAACAACAGACCCAAGUUUGAGCAGAUUGUCAGCAUCCUGGAUAAGCUGAUCCGUAAUCCCAGCAGUCUGAAAAUAAUCACCAACGCGGCGGCAAGGCCAUCAAAUCUCCUCCUGGACCAAAGCAACAUUGACAUUUCAGCCUUCCGCACCACGGGGGAUUGGCUCAAUGGUUUUCGGACAGGGCAGUGCAAGGACAUUUUCACAGGGGUGGAGUACAGUUCCUGUGACACCAUAGCCAAGAUUUCCACAGAUGACAUGAAGAAAGUUGGUGUCACAGUGGUGGGCCCUCAGAAGAAGAUUGUCAGCAGUAUCAAAGCUCUUGAAACUCAUACAAAGAACAGCCCUGUUCCUGUGUAAGGUACCAAAAUGAUGUUGCUCAGGAGAGGAAAAAAAGAAAGGAAGAAAGUUGCAUCGCAGGUCAAAAGUGAUGGCUGAUAAACAGCAGAAUUUAAAGGAGUUCUUUGCAACAGCUUUGGAAACACAAUGGUUAAGAUUUCAAACCCACAAGACACUCAAAUACUGAGUAUAAAUGCCUUAAAAAUAGGAGCAAACUUGUUUUCUAUCUGUUAAUCCUAAAGGGUGGGUGCUCUUGACUGACUGUUAAUGCAGAUAGUAAAUAGCAAAAGAAAAAAAAAAUAUGUGAAAAAUCCUUCCAAGUAAAAACCAGUGUUACUAAAACCUAGAGCCAUUUGAAUAUUCAGUGACUGAAUAACAGAAAAAACCAUGGACAUAAAAGCUGUGUAUUUGAUCUAUACAGCAAACAAGAAGAAAGAAAGACUUGCAGUAUUUUUAUACAGAAGAGAUCUGUAACAGGUAUUUUAUUUCUUUAAAAGCAAGGAAAAUAGAGGACUAUACCUCACAACCUGUCUGGCCAUAUUUACUAUAAUGUCAUUGUAACAUGCUAUUUCAACUUCAGGAAGGAACACAGAAAUAAAGUUUGUAGUGACUUUGAGUUAGUUGACAAAAGGUUUUUACCAUUAUGUUAGCUUCCCUAACUGUGUUCAUUUAAAUAGAAACAAGUCAUAAUUUUUAAAAGGCUUAUUUAUUUUCUUGGUUUGGUUUUUUUUGUUGUUUGGUUUUUUUUUUUCCAUUAUUGUUUAUAUUUAUGCUUAAAUACCUUAACCUGGCUGUAUUAUUGCCAAGUGCCAAAUGUUAUCCAGACUUCAUUGGUUCAACCUGAGAAAUUGUCUGAGGGUUAGUUACUGGAUGAUUUUACACUCAUAGCAUCAUGCAUGAAAUACAGAAAGAAAGAAAGGUGGUCUUUUUUCCAGCACUGACACUAUGAAAAGCAUCUGGACUUUUUUUUUGGAAAUGAGAUUUCUUCCAUUUGCUGUGAGCAGUGUUUUCAGCCAGGCUGGGGUUUUGACAGGGGUGUGUGUUGAUCUUUAGGUCAGUACCUGUCCCCAACAGCACAUCCCAUUUCCUCCCCCAGGGCUGCUUUCCUGUCACAAUGAGGAGCCCUAUUCUUGGGUGGUGUUCAGGUGAGACAUCUGCCAAGAAAAUAUAAAGGAGGGCGAGUGUUUUUGCAUCCUGCUUCAACUGAUGAUGCUUUUUGAAUUCCCUGGGAAGUGACCCAUGUUUAAAAGGAUGAGUUAAGCUGUGAAGUGAGGCUUUGCUGAGGAAGUUUACACCUGCCUGAGCUAGAAACCCUCCUGCAGAGGCACUGCCAUGAGAGCUUCCCAACUCCUAAGUUGCUGCUCUGGGGCACAUCAGUCCCAGUUGUGAGCAGAACACGACUCUUUGCUCUGAAAAUGAGUGGUUUUAAACACAGUGAGAGCCACUUGUUGUGCUUCUUAGCGCUCUAGAUGUGAUGGCAGGCACACAGACAGCAGGCCUUGGUCACCAGGGGAAUCCAUUCUGCUUCCCAACCUGACGUUCUGGAAUCUAGAUCUGAUUCUGAUGAAUCCCAGAAACCCAAGACUGUGUGAGAGGCAGAUGACAAAAUGGCACAUUGUGUUUUCUUUGUGCAUGCAAAAAGCAGAUAAUGAGUUGUGCUUUCUUCUGUUGGCUUGGGUUUUGAAGCUCUUUGGUGUAUAAGUGAGGGAAGAAUCAGUUCCUAGUAGGGUUUGUGGGGCUGAAAUUGUUCUGCAUGAAUCCAGGACUUACAAAAUGUCCAGGCACAACAUUUAUCACACAUUGCUAAGGAGAAGCAGAGUUAGAGGCUUUUUCAUGAGUGCUGGUAGUGAGCAUGCUGUAAAGGACUGGAUUUGAAACACACUCACAGCAUAAUAAUUUGUAAUUCUUUCUGAAAGACAAGUGAAUGGGUUUUAAAAUGAAAAAAAAAAAAAAAAAGAAAAAUUGAAGAAAGGUAAAAUAAAGCACUUAAGCUGUAAGGAACACUUCCCCUUAUCUGCCCCUGUCUAUCAUGAAAUGCAGCAUGCUGGAUAGAAAAGCUGUGUUUUGUGUUGCUUAAUUCAUUCAGGAUCUUUCUUUUCUUCGUGUUGAGAUUACUCUAAAUCAGACGCUGUCAGUGAACUUAAGCCACCAAAAUCCAGUGGCAAACACUGUCUGUGUGGGGACAGCUUUUUGUGACAUUUCUCUCAGCUCUAUUUUGCUGCUGGAGCUUGGGGACAAGGGACUGAAGUGGGGCUGACCUCUGGGAAAUGCUUCUGGAGACACAGACACAGUUCCUAGAGUUUUAAACACUUGAAAACUUUGCACCAAUACCCCCAAUUUCCUCCUGCCGUGUGUCCUGUCGUGUUCCUUGCCCAGUGUUGAGGCAUGCUCAACAUAAAAGAUUUAAUCUCACCGAGGGGAAAAAAUAAAGCAGCUGGGUUUUGCUUUUCUUUGCUGUUAGGAGUUGAGAGUUUUUACAAAGCUGUUUGGUUUUCUCUCCCUGUCAGAAGUUGAUUUGUACUGUAAGUGGCCUCUGUUGCAAGCAUCCUGUACUCCCUGUCCCCCUGUACAUAUGUAAACAUAGCAGUGUACAAUUCUUCAGUGUGGAGUAGAGAAAUAGAGGUCGUGUGGCCAUCUGCCUGUACAGGUUAUGGACAUCAAGCAAAAUGCAAACUGCUCAUAAAAAGACAUGCCAUAUUAUUGGGUUUGUACCUUUCAAUAUAGUUUCCAUUUUAUUUAUUUCUGUUAACAUAAUCUAGUUUUUGUGCUGUAACUUAGCAUCCAAUAAGCAAUGUAUAGAUGUGAUUUGAUUGGCAAUAUGUAUUUACUUUAACUUGUAUUUCAAAAGCAUUACUUACUCAUUUAGACUAUAUAUUGUGCAAUUGUAGAUGGCCUCUUACUAAUGUAAAAUGAUUUGUAGUGGAAACAUUUAUAUUUUUAUAAUAAACAUAAUGAAAGUAUUUUUUACAUACUGAAAUACUGAGGUGAUUGCUUGGAGGACAAAGUAAAUUUAUUUGAUUAGUGUGAUAAAAUUGUAAUUAAAUAUGGAUAAAUUCUGAGUGUAAAGCAUGGGUCUGGAGUGAAAGCUAGAUAUUACCUAUAUUAUCUAUUAAAAGAAUCAAGCAGUGCAGGUUUUAACUAAACAGACCAGCAUUUGUGAAAAACUGACUUACAUCAAUCAAAGACUUUACUUUCUCCAUGGAUACUGGGAAACAUCAUCUUCUGCAGCCUGCCUAUGGGAUAUUGAAAAAAGCUGUCAUUUAUUUUAGUUGUGUCAAGUAUUUCCAAACUUUUGCUUUUUUUUUCCUCCCUCGCCAGUGGACCUCUUUUCAGCUUAUUAAUAUGUUGAAUCCAGUUCAAAGAUGUACUUUUCAACAAAAUAAAAUUAGCCCACCACCUACUGUAAUUUCACCCCAUGAUCAUUUCUUGCCUCUGAGUAUUUGUGUUAGAUAAUAUUUUGCCCCUGUUUUGUUAUGUCCCUGCCAGGUUGUUUCUGUGUGCUUCACCCAACUACAGGGUCUUUGAAAAUGCCAACAAUACACAACUCAGGAAUCCUCUUCCUUGAAAAACAGGAAUGGUUUUGAUGCUUGCCAGUUGCUUGAAUUUUACAGGUUCUUUCUGUACCAUAACUGAUUUUGCAUGCUUUUGUAUACUACUCUGCUUACUGGUGCAAAACAAUGAAUGAUAAACCUGUC